AUUUAGUCACGAGAUGAGCGGUGCAACUCAGUCGCAGCGCCGCGUCAGGCCUCGGAACCCUAAAACCACACCCUUUUGGUCCGUUGCCCCCUUUCGUUUCUCCCGGCUCCUCUCGUAUGGAUAGAUUCAUUUGAUUGCUCGCUCCCCCGGCGAUUGGACCUCCCGGGUUGGAAUCAGUAUGGCAGAAGAGUUCAUGCAUAAGAAUAGGUUGCAAGAAUAUACACAAAGAUCUUCUAUCACCUUGCCACUAUAUCAGACUAUAAAUGAGGGAACACCGCAUGCGCCAGAGUUCAGGUCUACUGUAAUCGUGGAUGGGAAAAAUUUCACUUCCCCUUGCACAUUUCCGACCAAAAAGGCAGCCGAACAAUGUGCAGCAAAAUUUGCCCUUGAGGGCAUCCGUAUCAUCAACAAGAACAAGGGCUUGUCUCUCAUCCAUAAUGAUACCAUUCUCUGUAAACUUAUCCUGCAUGAAUAUUCUGUGAAGAUGAACAUGAACCUGCCAACAUAUGAGACUUCUCACAAGCCAGGGCUGAUUCCAGCCUUCGUCUCUUCUGUUUUGUUUGAUAACAAGACAUUUAAAGGUGAAACUGCAAUGAGCAAAAAAGAGGCAGAACGGGUUGCUGCUUGCACUGUUAUUAAAUAUAUUCUAGGAAACUGUGAUACAGGAGAUAUUAUGAGACAAAUCAUAGAAUCAAAGAAUAAACAUUAUGCUGUGGUGCAUAGAGGGAAAGGAUCAUGCUCAUCCCUGGAUAGAAAUGCAGAGACAAGUGGUCCCAGUAGUAGUAUCCAAGAAAAUAAAAUGUUGACUCCCUUGUUUUAUGACAUUCCACAUGCUGUUGCAUAUUCUGAGGCAUUUGCUUCAGUACCUGCUAACACUGCAGCAGCAGAUUCUAUUUGUUCAGCCAAGGAGGAAUAUGCAGGUAAACAAUGUUCUACCUUGAUUGAGAGUUGGAACUCUUUGUCAACUCCAACCGUAACAGUUAUAGCAGGUGGAUCAACAAAUGGUGCUUCCGGAACUGACUUUGUUGUGUCUCACAUGCUGCUUCCUAUUCAAGGGAAAGCUGAAGUACCAUCUGAUGACCCAACUAGCCACGCCCGAGAUGUGGUUCCUAUUUCAAGUAAAGGGCGUUCCAGGGAAAAGAAUGAAGAACAGUGCCAGUUAAAGAAAGCUCGAGUAGAUGGACAGUAUGUUACCUGUUCUCGUUGCAAGUCUGUAUCGCGUGCAAAGUUGCUACUUUACUUGGUUACGGAUGUGCUGAUACGCUUAAGUGCACACCUCCAUGGUCACAGUUUGAACCAUGUGCUCAACAUUCAGGGAAUUUAGUCAUCAUCGAUAUCUGAAGAGACUUGGUCAUUUCUGGCUGAGAAAGAAAGACGAUGCAGCUGUUUCAAGGCUUUGGAUCUGCUCUACGAGGAUGUGUGCCUUCUUUCUUGUGUACAUAUGAAGGAACAACCAAAUCUUGUUGUGUUAUUAAUAGAACUGGCAUUGAAUACUGUCUAA